AGAGGCAUCAGAUAGUAGCAGCUCUAACUUUGCUUGGUACUGUGCCUGCUCUGAGCUACACAGUAUAAUCAGUUAACUUUCACAGGGUUUUUUUAUUGUCGUUGUUUUUAAUAGUUUCUUUUUUAAGGUGAAUUUUGCUACUGUCAGCAUCCUGUCAAGAGAUGAUGAUUCUAUCUGACAAUUCCAUUCCCUAAGUGUUGUUCAUGGGCAUUGUGCAGUUGUCUUAUGUAAGCGUACACACUGAUUAUAAACUCCAGUGUCUGUGUUGGUGGAUGAGGGAAGAGGCACAGAUUUCAUAUGCCUUUUCCUGUGCAAAGCUUUUGACACAGUCCCACCCCAAAUCCUUCUCUCUGAAUCAGAGACGUGUGGAUCUGAUGGAUGGACUGUUUGGUGGAUAAGGAAUUGGCUGGAUGGCCACAUCCAAAGAGUUGCAGACAAUGGCGCAGUGUCAAAGUGGAGACCAGUGAUAAGAGGCAUAUUGGGACUGGUACUGUUUAAUAUCUUAAUCAGUAACGUGGGCAGUGGGUUCAAGUACGGUGAGCAAGUUUCUGGAUGACACCAAGGUGAGUGAUGAAGUUGGUAGACAGAAGGAAGGAUACCAUCCAGAGGGACCCUGGAUGUACUUGAGAAGAGGGCCUGUGUGAGCUUCACGCAGUUCAACAAGGCCAAGUGCAAGGUCCUGAAUGUGAGCUGGAGCAAUCCCAAACAUCAGUGCAGACUGGAGGAUGAGUGGGUAGAGAGCAGCCCUGCAAUAAAGGACCUGAGGAUAUUGUUGUGUGAAAAACUGGUUAUGAGAUGCGUGCUCUCAGCCCAGAAAGUCAGUUGUAUCCUAGGCUGCAUGAAAAGAGCAUGGCCAGCAGGUUAAGGGAAGUAACUUCCCCGCCUUCAGUUCUGUCAUGAAGCCCCACCUCAGUACUCUGUUCAGCUCUGGGGCCCACAGCACAAGAGGGAAGAUGGACCUAUUAGAGCAGGUCCAGAGUAUGCUCGGAGGGCUGGAGUGCCUCUCCUAUGAGGAGGGGCUGAGAGAGUUGAGGUGGUUCAAUCUAGAGAAAAAAAGACUUUGGGAAGAACUCAUCGUGGCCUUCCAGUACUUGAAAGGAACCUACAGAAAGCUGGAGAGUGACUCUUUAUUGGAGAGUGGAGCAAUAGAGUAAGGGUAACUGUUUUAAACUGAAAGAGGGGAGACUAGGAUAAGAUAGACAAAGGAAAUUCUUCAUUCAGAGGGCAGUGAGGCACAGGCAUCGCUGCCCAGAGAAGCUGUGGAUGCCCAUCGCUGAAGACAUUCAAGGCCAGGCUGAAUGGGGCCCUGAGUCUGAUCUUGAUGGUGACAACCCUGCCCUUUCAACCCAAGCCAUUCUAUAGGAUUACAAAACUUUCUUCAUUCUUAAAAUAAAUAAAGUGGUGGGUAAUUUUAAUUUCUAUAGUAUCUGUAAAAGAAAGUGACCACAGUGCCUUCUAAUGGGAUACAAGCACUAAAGACCAAUAGCAAAUAACAAAGAAGAAAAAGUGGCUCACACUCUCCAAUUAACAGCAACAACACAAGAGAAGUGCAAUCUAUCCAGAAGGGUGCUGCUCCUUUGGCUGCUAACUUUAAAGGAGGGUGAGGAGGGUUGGAUCCAGGCUCCACCCCUUCCAGACACUCAGGUGCAUUGGUUGCACCUGAGCUUCCUGGCUUACCAUGCCUUCUUGUCCGGUGCUUAACCAUUGCUUCCAGCCGUGACCUCACAAUUCCACUGUAAGCAUCUUAACAAAUCAAGGUGUUUGCAACCAUCCAGAAAUCAUAUUUGGUAGUCAGUGACAGAGUUUGUAUUACAGACCAGCAUGUCUUGCAUGUCAGAGCAUGAUACUAAAUUAUAGUAAUGAGAUUCUACUUAGCCCGUGUAGGAUUGUGCACUGGGAGACUGAGUGCAAGGACUGUUCCUUCAUUCUUGUAGCUGAGUAAGAAAUUUCUUUUUUGGUACCCCAGAGUCCUGAAUCAGCCCUGUGGGAGCACAGGAUAAUGCACUGUCCACAAAGUCUGUUUCUCAUGCAAGUACAGCAAGUUGGGUAGCUUUCCCUACAUCUGCUGAAUUUCUCUGCGGUUUGAGGUUAGAUAAUUAAAUUCCAGCUUCCCACCCCAUAGCUCAAGACACUCAGAAAUUUUCUUUUCCUUUUAAAAUAAGAGUAUGUAGGGAGUAGAUGUGUAGAAGCUGAAAGCUUUGCAUGGCUCUGUUGCCAAGGUUAGAAAUGCAGCACACAGGAGUUCUUUGUUGUUGGGUAGGGCUGCAGGCUGCUUCUUGCAAAAGAGUCGGAGGUCGCAUCAGAGGGGCACCCAAAAGGAUGUAAGUGUGUCUUUGGAAAGGCUAACAAAGCAUAUGACAGAAAAAGUGUCCCUCAGACUCAAAUGAUGAAGGAGAAGUCAGAGCAAAUAUGCUGAAAUCAGAUUUUUCAUGGGGUAAACUGAAAUACAAAGAUGUUGGCAGAGCAAAGAACUCUGUUAUGCACCAGUCUCUAAAUUUAGGUUUAAAUGACUUUUAAGAGCUAAGUGGCUGCUAAAUCUCUAAUUGAGAAGGUAAAAAAAAAAUAGGACUAGAAGGUCUGCAGGGCUUGUGGUAAGUGGCAAUAUGAAUAAAUGUAUUGAUGAGUCAAAAUGCAGUGAAUUGAUAUUUCUGUUUCUGAACCUUGUGAGAGUUUAAUAUGCAUAGAACACACAGUGAGACUUGGUGGUUAAAAUAGAAAGCUGAAGAGAAUACGUACGCACAGUAGGUAAACAGUGUGAGAAAUGUGGGAGUAUUCAAAAAAAACAAGCGGCUUUCAUCAGGAAAUGAGAGCUCAGUGGAGAUCUGAGAAUGUGAAAUUUGGGGGGAACAAAACAAGGGAAUACCUUUUCCUGUAAUAUUGGUGUUAAUUCAAAAAGGGGUAUCGAAGGCUCAGCAUGAAAGUCAGCCACAUUAAAAAUAUAUUUGAUUCAGAUGUAUGCCCUCCCAAAUGCCCCUCCUUAAUCUUCUUGUUCUUUACAACCACAAUUUCCUCUUUUUAUUUUAAUUCUCUUUUCUCUGCUUGAAAUCUUCUGCAUAACAUGGGAAACUGUGAAAAUACUGACUUUCCAGUUUAUUUUAGUUUAUAAUGAUUUUAAGAGUUAUUAUUAGUAGUGCUAUAUACAGGAUAGCUACAGAUAUUUUAGUGGAUAUAAAGGAGGACUGAGUCUGUAACCCAGUAUUCUUCUGGGAGCUUAGGUAAUUUUUUUCCCUUUUUUGUUAAUAAUAGCUUAAUACAGCUGCAGGUUUCACUUUGAGUUUUUGGUUUGAAUAACUUCAGGGCUAUUUAUAAAUAAGUUAAAAAAGAAAAAAAAAAAAAAAGAAGAUUGUUCUGAUCCUAAAUGCAGCAACGUCUGCCUUGAAUGGCAGACAUGGCAACUCUGCCAUGUCUGAUUGCUUUGUCUAUUUGUUCCUUCUGUGGCAUGGAGAGAAAAGAAAUGAGAAUGGAGAGGAGUCAUGAAUAUGACGGAGCAAAGAAGAGAAGAGCGGACAGGGCACCUGAGUUCCCCAUUUGGGGGAUUCAUUUUACUGUCUUUUGUUUUUCUAGCUCAGGACAAAACCUGCAGUGAAUUUUGAAAGUUCUUAUAUUAGUCUAAGAGGUCAUCCAACAUGUUUUCACAUAAAAUAUUUUCUUUGCAGUUUGGUGAUGGGGAUGUAUAACUUUUCUUCCGAAAAGAAUUCAAGACAAAAAGACAGCAACAAAUAGGAGGAGUGGUUUGGUGACGGGCCGUCAUGAUAGAUGUCUGCUCAUGGGAAGUGACACUUGAAAGGGAUGGACACUGAUGCACUUCCUUCUUAAUGCACGUGUUCUGGCCCACAUGCUUGAGGUGUAAAAAACCCUAAUGUUAAAAUUCAUUUGAUUGGAUGAGAAAAAAAUCAUCAGUGACUAACUCAGAUGUGGAAAUGUGAAAUUCAUAGUGAAUUAUUUGCACUUUGCUUUUCCAUACAGUCAUUUUAUUUCCCCAUGAAUCAAAUGAGUCUGAAUAUUCAGAAAAUGAUAUAGUUGCAUAGAAGAUCUGGAUUUACUAGUACCUUAAAAAAAAAACCCCAAACAACAUAAUUUGGUUAAACCGUUUUGUGAUACAGUAUUCAGUUCUCUUGGUUGGUUGGUUGUUGUUUUUUUCCAGGAAAACAAUUUCCCUUGGUUCAUGGAACUACUAUGAUAUCUUGUUCCUGAAAGUAAAACUGAAACAGCUAAACACACAAAAAUGUGCAAACAGCUACAGCUGAUAAGGUCCUCAAAAGUCAGAGGAAACAGGAAGAUGGAGCAAACAUGUGAUGAUAUAGAUGAAAUGUUCAGCAAUUUACUUGGGGAGAUGGACAUGCUGACUCAGAGUUUAGGAGUGGAGACUGUACAAACUCCAUCCCCCAAAGUGACCAACGAGGAAUUCAGCUUUACCGUAGGUUUUAAGGAUUUAAACGAAUCUCUAAAUGCCCUGGAGGACAAAGACCUUGACGCUUUAAUGGCUGACCUUGUAGCAGACAUAAAUGAAGUUGAACAGAGAACUUUACAAGCCCAGAAAACUUCUGGCAACCAGCAAAGUGUGGUCACUCAGCCUUCAACAGGCAUGAAUAAUGACUUUUGUAGUAAAUUAAGUCCCUGUGCUACCAUUACGGGACAGUUUAAGAACGACUUGCCCCCUCCACCUCCAGCCCCUGAUUUAGACCUUCCGCCACCACCACCACCACCUCCUCCUGAGCCACUCAGCCAGGAAGAGCAAGAGGCACGGGCUAAAGCUGACAAAAUUAAACUUGCAUUGGAGAAGCUGAAGGAAGCUAAAAUUAAAAAGCUUGUUGUCAAGGUGCACAUGUACGAUAACAGCACAAAGUCACUAAUGGUGGAUGAACGCCAGGUGACACGGGAUGUUUUAGACAAUCUCUUUGAGAAAACCCAUUGUGACUGCAGUGUGGACUGGUGUCUAUAUGAAGUCUAUCCAGAGCUGCAAAUUGAAAGGUUUUUUGAAGACCACGAGAAUGUUGUUGAAGUGUUAUCAGACUGGACUCGAGACAGUGAGAAUAAGGUUCUAUUUUUGGAAAAAAAAGAAAAAUAUGCUUUGUUUAAAAAUCCACAGAAUUUCUACCUGGCAAACAAAGGGAAGAAUGAAAGCAAAGAAAUGAAUGAUAAAAGCAAAGAAGCUUUACUGGAGGAAAGCUUCUGUGGGGCGUCUGUCAUUGUGCCAGAGCUUGAAGGAGCCCUUUAUUUAAAAGAAGAUGGAAAAAAGUCCUGGAAGAGGCGUUAUUUUCUUCUGCGAGCUUCUGGAAUUUAUUAUGUACCCAAAGGAAAAACCAAGACAUCCCGGGAUCUGAUGUGCUUCAUUCAGUUUGAGAAUAUGAACGUUUAUUACGGUUCUCAACACAAAGUGAAAUAUAAGGCACCUACAGAUCACUGCUUUGUCUUAAAGCAUCCCCAGAUUCAAAAGGAGUCGCAAUAUAUCAAAUACUUAUGCUGUGAUGAUCGAGCCACCCUGCAUCAGUGGGUAACAGGAAUAAGAAUUGCCAAGUAUGGCAAGACAUUAUAUGAUAAUUACAAAUGUGCAGUGAAGAAAGCUGGCUUGUCUUCUCAGUGGGCAAAUCAAGGGACGUUGGAACCAGCUGCCCCCACGGGAUCCUUAUCAGCAGGAGCUGUUCAGGCAAAUGGACAGAUUCCCCGGGUCGUUCUUCCCUCCAGUGCAGAAGUUGCAGAGACUCAGAAGAAAGUGGAUCCACCAGAGGCUCAGGCAAAUGAUAUCAGUGCAGCCGGCCUGGCACCGCCAGCACUGAGGCAGAAACAGCUGAAUAAGAGGAACUCGCUGCAGCCUCCUCCUCCACCUGAACGGCGGUCAUCUGCUGUUAGUGCUUCACCCAUCCUACCCUCCAAAGUGAAACGAGACAGCGGUAUUUUCCUAACAGAUCCAGAAAGCUUUCCGGCACCACCGCCUUCCCUGAUGCUCGAUUUGCCGCCGCCACCACCGGCUGACCUCUGUGAACCUCCUCCUGAUUUUGUGCCUCCGCCGCCACCCCCAUCCAUCAGCAGCAGCAAUGCAGAUCUGCCGCCACCCCCUCCGCCUCCGCCCGUCUCCAAUAAGCCACCAACUCUGACAAAGAAACCUGUGCCGCUUCCUCCAAAAAGGCAAGGGAACGCGCUACAAGAUGGAGAGCCCAGAGCAGCCGGACCGCCUCCGAUCGGGGGUGGAGGCAGGCAAGCAGAUUUCAUGUCUGACCUAAUGAAAGCUCUAGAGAAGAAAAGGGGCAGCAGCUCCUGAACUGUGAGGACAGGUGGACUUUAAGCCAGAGCUGCUGUUCCGUCACCAAAGGUCGUGCUGGAUCAGGCCCCACCACGUGGAAUUCUCUUAGAGUUCCCCCCGGGGGCCCCAGGAAGUGAGGGGGGUGCCCUCUGUCCCCCACUUUGCCCCCACAACCUGCUUCUUCCUCAUCCCACGCCCCCUAAUGACCCCUCCAGCAGCAGGACGAGGUCAGAAAUGGGCUGCAGCCUCUUUCUGUACUUCGUCAGGUGGUGGAGCAGCGCUCAGUGCUGGCCAGCGAGUUGUGUACUUCUGUGGCUGCCUCUUCUGUAGAAUUAGAGCCAAAGAAAACCACACAACAGCACUCCUGUGCCUGAGAAGUCUGAAGAGCAGGAUAAUCCCUUUUAACAGAUUUCCCCUCAAGGGUUCUCUGUCAGAAAAUCCGACACUAUGUUAUUUUUUCAAUCAAAAGACACCCCCUUCUUUUUUCCCCAAAAAGCAGUCUGUCUUAAAAAUAAUGAUUUUUUCCCAUUGAUGCUGUCUUUCAAUCUCAUUUAUUUGGUUAAUUUUCAACAAAGAAGAACUUUUACCUCAAAAUGUUGCAUCCCCCCAGUAGCAAGGUUGUCAUCUCUCAGUUAGCAUUUGUCUUCAGAGUGUACCUAGGAGUAGUCUGUCUUCAUAAAGUCUUUAUCUCAUGCCUGAUAUGAAUAUGUCUCUUCCUCCUUUUUUCCCCUUUGUUCUCCAGUUUGAUUCUCUAUUGUUCUUUUAGACAGCAGUCACUCUUAGUGCUUAAAUAAAAAUAGCUUCUAUUUUGUAA